AUGGGCUUCAGAAGAAUUUCUUAUAUUAAAGUUUAUGCGAUUUUCUGCACUUUAUUCAUCUUUUAUCUUCUUUCCUCUGAAUGGAAAACAGAAGAAUCUUUUGUCAGACAAAAUCGUAAACUUCACAAGGAAAUCAAGAAGCUAAAGAAAGGCUGCACCUCCCGCGGAGCUUCCCAUGAUUCCGAAGAAUCUCAAGAACCAGAGCCAAUUUAUCUCAUCACUCCUACGUACGCCAGAUUCACGCAAAAAGCGGACAUGACAAGGCUUUUGUACACGCUGAUGCAUGUGGAGAGUCUCCACUGGAUAAUUAUUGAAGACCACGACGAGAAAACAGAACUUAUAACGAAAUUUAUCGAAAGAAUUCCUACUGACAUUCAGGUGACGCAUUUGAACAUGAAAACGCCGCCAAUGGACAAACUGGCAUCCGACGAUCCAAGCUGGCUAAAACCUCGAGGAGUGCAGCAACGAAACGCAGCGAUAGAAUUUCUCAUCAAGCAUUAUCAAGAAAGUCCGGAAGGAUAUGUCUAUUUUCUCGACGAUGACAAUACGUACGACAUCAGAAUUUUCGACGAGAUUCGAAAAAUCGAAGAAGAUCAAGUUGGAGUCUGGCCCGUCGGAAUUGUCGGAAAAUUACGAUAUGAAGGACCCGUCUGUAGCAACGGAGAAGUAACAAGUUGGUUUACAGCGUGGAAACCAGACCGUCCGUUUCCAAUCGACAUGGCGGGUUUUGCAGUCCGUCUCGAGAACUUCCUCGGCUCGCCCGAAGCUCGUUUCAAGCAGCGCGUCCCUCGUGGAUACCAAGAGAGUCAUAUUCUCACCGAACUCGGACUGGACAGAACGAACGCUGUCGGCUUAGCUAACAAUUGUCGAGACGUGCUUGUUUGGCAUACAAGGACGGAGAAACCGAGAAUGGAUGCGGAAGAAAAACUCAUGAAAGCGACUGGUGCUGCUUCUGAUUUGAGUAUAGAAGUUUAG